CCAUUUUACUUUGGUCUGUGUGAUUGUUUAGUCUGAAGAAAAAUACAGAGAGAGAUUGAUAGACAGAAAAAUCAUAAAACUCAAGAACCACAGAAACAUAUUUUUGAUGGUGAUGAUGAUGAAGAAGAGAAGUAGUAGAGAUUUUGUGUUGGAUGUUGAAGAAAUGGAAAGGAAGAGAUUAAAAACAAGAUUUGAUUUCUUUGAUGGAUUACCAGAUGAUAUUGUGAUUAGUAUUCUUGUUAAGUUGAGUUCAUCUUCAACUUCUCCUUCUCAUUUCAUCAAUGUCUUAUCCACAUGCAAGAGAUUGAAUGGAUUAGCUCUACACAGAUUAGUAUUGUCAAAAGCUUCACCUAAAUCGUUAGCCGUUAAAGCUAAAAACUGGUCUGACUCAGCUCACCGAUUCCUGAAACGCUGUGUUGAUUCUGGAAACGUUGAAGCUAGUUAUAUCCUCGGCAUGAUACGAUUCUAUUGUUUGGAAAACCGAGGAAAUGGAGCUUCACUAAUGGCGAAAGCAGCGAUGAAUUCACAUUCGUCGGCUCUGUACUCUUUAGCCGUGAUUCAAUUCAACGGGAGCGGCGGCUCCAAAACCGACAAAGAUUUAAGAGCCGGUGUAGCUUUAUGUGCAAGAGCGGCUUACUUAGGUCAUAUCGAUGCGUUACGUGAAUUAGGUCAUUGUUUACAAGAUGGUUACGGUGUAAGACAAAACGUCUCUGAAGGCCGCCGGUUUCUCGUUCAGGCAAAUGCUCGUGAACUCGCCGCCGUCAUGUCGUCAGAACCGUCCAAGUCAUCAUCUUGUCCGUGGCUUACGUGGCAUCCUAAUCAGCACGGCGGGCAUCAUGUGACGAUUCUCCCCGGUGGUUCUGGUUGUCUAUUGCUUAGUGAUUUCGGGUGUAAUGUUCCGCCGCCUGAAUCUCAUCCUGCUAAUAACUUCUUAGUUGAUUGGUUUGCACUACGAGGGAAGACUGAUUCCGGCGGCGAGGAUCUGAGAUUGUGUUCGCAUUCCGGUUGCGGAAGGCCUGAAACGAGAAGACAUGAGUUCCGGAGGUGUUCGGUUUGUGGGUCUGUGAAUUACUGUUCUAGAGCUUGUCAAGCACUUGAUUGGAAACUUAGACAUAAAUUGGAAUGUACACCGAUGGAGCAAUGGCCUGAUGAAGAAGAAAUUGAUGCUGCUGCUGCUGCUGAUAAUAAUAACAGACUUGAAAAUGCGGCUGCUGGUGACAAUGCCAACCACAAUAACCUUGGUAUCAUUCAGAGUUAACGGUACUGGAUUCCCUAGUGUCUGAUCACCGGGACAUUUUGGAUAAUGGCCGGGCGGAAUUUCAUUUCAUUUUCGAACUUCUUUUUGUUUUUACCUUUUUCCGAUUAGGGGUAAUAUGGGAAUUUUGAAGAGGUUGUGAGUGGUGGGCUUGGGGGGCAUAUAUUUUUCUUUUUUUGUAACCGGGAAGAAGUGUAGAAAUUUGGAUGGGCAAGGCAAGUAAGAUGAAAUCUGUAAGAAGAGUAAAGAAAUCUUUGUCUUUCGGUAUAUAGUGUUUUGGUUUAGUGAUAGAUUUUGGUUUCAUGUUUAAAAAAUUGAAGUUUUUGUC